AGAUACAAUCCCGGAGCUUUACAAAAACAGAUGGACGGAUGCAUUACAAGCAAGUCCGCGAAUGUGUCGUUCUUCUCUACACACUAAGCACCCUCUGAAUUUAGACACGAUGACAGGGGGUCGAGUUCCGCUUGUAGCUAGGACGGCGAUCAGCCUCAACCUCGAGUUCAAGUAGCAGUGCGGCCCGACGAUAUAUCUGUGUAGCAAAUUCGUUGCGGUUCUUAGUGCCCAACACGGGAAAUACGUCGUCGCUGACAACGAUGACGGACCAACGAAAGGCGUCCUUGCUCCCGAUGUCCGAUGUCGUCGCUGAUAGGUCCUCCGCGUACUAUGUCCGGGGACUAUUUUUUGUUACCCCUCGCACUUGUACUUAUAUCCCAUGCAAAGUUAGAAAUACGGCCUUAAUAACUCCGACUACACAGUAUCAUAGACGAUCGGGAAACCGUCUAGGGACGCGGUGGUUCGAGUCCACUGGGCUUAUUCACCGUAAAAUCGACCAUGUUUUUUCGUGCAUGCCAUGGGUCAUCCUCGCAGCCGUAUAUUUUCUGUCGUACCAUCUUGCAGAUAAGAAGGAAACGCUCUCCCUACUCACAUUGAUCAUAUCAAUGGCGUAUAAUGCAGGCUGCGCAUGGUUCGAUUCCAUGGGUCAGCUCAUAACUGCUGCUAUGGUUCCUUUUUUUUGCGGGGUUUUUUAGAGGAUGUUGCUUGUAGAGAUACUGAUCAAAUAAUUAAUACACCGUCGUAGAUCAGCUGGACGGCUGGAUCUAAGGCCUCGGUUCGACUCCGAGGGGUGGUGCUGUUGGAGU